AAGUUCCUAACAACGACUUAAGGCAUUCUCUCUUCUAUUCUAUUCUAAACUCGAAACAAUCUUAGAGAAAGAAGCAGAAGAAAAUGCCGAUUUCUAGAAUUGCCAUUGGAAAUUCUUCGGAGUUGAACCAAUCUGAUGCACUUAAGGCUGCACUAGCUGAGUUCAUCUCAAUGCUCAUCUUUGUUUUUGCCGGGGAAGGCUCUGGAAUGGCUUAUAAUAAGCUGACAAACAAUGGUUCAGCAACACCAGCAGGGUUAGUGGCAGCAUCACUGUCACAUGCCUUUGCACUUUUUGUUGCGGUCUCUGUUGGAGCCAACAUUUCUGGCGGUCAUGUAAACCCUGCUGUCACUUUCGGUGCCUUUGUUGGUGGCCACAUUACCCUCUUUAGAAGCAUCUUGUACUGGAUUGCUCAGUUACUCGGCUCUGUCGUUGCUUGCUUGCUCCUUAAAUUUGCCACUGGUGGACUGGAAACAUCUGCAUUUGCACUAUCUCCUGGGGUGGAAGCAGGGAACGCUCUAGUGUUUGAGAUUGUGAUGACUUUUGGGUUGGUUUACACGGUGUACGCAACUGCAGUGGAUCCAAAGAAGGGUGAUCUUGGGAUAAUUGCUCCAAUUGCAAUUGGUUUCAUCGUUGGUGCGAACAUCUUGGCGGGGGGUGCAUUUGAUGGUGCAUCCAUGAACCCUGCAGUGUCGUUUGGGCCUGCUGUUGUCAGUUGGACCUGGUCUAACCACUGGGUUUAUUGGGUCGGCCCAUUUGCUGGUGCUGCCAUUGCUGCUGUUGUCUACGAGAUUUUCUUCAUUAGCCCAAACACUCAUGAACAGCUCCCCGUCACAGAUUAUUAGAGCUUAACUCUCUGCCUUCCUUUGUUGUCACUGCUCUGUGUUUUUUUGUUUUGCAUUUGCUUGUUUUCAAAUGUUGGUUCUCUGAACUUUGUAACAUGAACAUCUUUUUCUUUUUUUUUUCAUUAUGAAAUGUUCAUUUCAUCUAAACUAGAAUUAUUGUGUUAGCCAAGCUUCAUUGCAAGUUAAAUUUAAUCAUUCGUGAGAAGAGAAUUGCUGGA